UGGCCAUACUCCUCUUAAUUCCACUUUCCUUCAAAUCACAGCUCCAUUGAUUCUUCUCUUAUAAGAUCUGAACCGAAGCUCAAGCCCAGUACAGGCAGCAGCAUCGUCACUGAUCUCACAGAUCUAUAUCAUACAAGAUGUUCUGUGACUUCUUCGACCUUUGCCCAACAGGGCUGCUGAUUCUGCUGCUGUUUUCAUCGUUUGCCAUCAGUGGGUAUGCACAAGGAUCUACCACUCUUGUUCCGGCGAUCAUAACCUUUGGGGACUCAUCGGUCGAUGUCGGAAACAAUGACUAUCUGGCCACCUUCUUCAAGGCUGAUUUCCCACCUUAUGGGAGAGAUUUCACCAACCAUAAACCAACUGGAAGGUUCUGUAAUGGAAAACUAGCCACUGAUAUUACUGCUGAAAACCUGGGCUUCACAACAUACCCACCAGCUUAUCUUAGCCCUCAAGCAUCAGGGAAGAACCUUCUAAUAGGAGCCAACUUUGCUUCUGCUGGAUCUGGUUACUAUGAAAAAACGGCCUACUUAAGUCACACAAUUUCAUUGGCACAGCAGUUGCAGUAUUAUAAGGAAUACCAGGGAAAGCUAACCAAGGUUGCAGGGAGUAAGACGGCAGCAUCUAUCAUAAAAGAUGCACUCUACCUAGUGGGCGCUGGAAAUAGCGAUUUUCUACAGAACUAUUAUGUUAAUCCUCUGAUUAACAAAGUCUACACUCCCGACCAGUUCUCUUCCUUCCUCGUUGGCAUCUUCUCAAGCUUCGUUAAGGACUUGUAUGGGUUGGGGGCAAGAAGGAUUGGGGUGACAUCACUGCCGCCCUUGGGUUGCCUGCCAGCAGCAAUCACUUUGUUUGGACAGGGAAAAGAUGAGUGUGAGUCAAGGCUCAAUACAGAUGCACAAGGGUUCAACAAGAAGAUCAAUGCAGCUGCUUCAACCCUCCAGAAGCAACUCCCCGGACUCUCUCACAGAUCUAUAUCAUACAAGAUGUUCUGUGACUUCUUCGGCCUUUGCCCAACAGGGCUGCUGAUUCUGCUGCUGUUUUCAUCGUUUGCCAUCAGUGGGUAUGCACAAGGAUCUACCACUCUUGUUCCGGCGAUCAUAACCUUUGGGGACUCAUCGGUCGAUGUCGGAAACAAUGACUAUCUGGCCACCUUCUUCAAGGCUGAUUUCCCACCUUAUGGGAGAGAUUUCACCAACCAUAAACCAACUGGAAGGUUCUGUAAUGGAAAACUAGCCACUGAUAUUACUGCUGAAAACCUGGGCUUCACAACAUACCCACCAGCUUAUCUUAGCCCUCAAGCAUCAGGGAAGAACCUUCUAAUAGGAGCCAACUUUGCUUCUGCUGGAUCUGGUUACUAUGAAAAAACAGCCUACUUAAGUCACACAAUUUCAUUGGCACAGCAGUUGCAGUAUUAUAAGGAAUACCAGGGAAAGCUAACCAAGGUUGCAGGGAGUAAGACGGCAGCAUCUAUCAUAAAAGAUGCACUCUACCUAGUGGGCGCUGGAAAUAGCGAUUUUCUACAGAACUAUUAUGUUAAUCCUCUGAUUAACAAAGUCUACACUCCCGACCAGUUCUCUUCCUUCCUCGUUGGCAUCUUCUCAAGCUUCGUUAAGGACUUGUAUGGGUUGGGGGCAAGAAGGAUUGGGGUGACAUCACUGCCGCCCUUGGGUUGCCUGCCAGCAGCAAUCACUUUGUUUGGACAGGGAAAAGAUGAGUGUGAGUCAAGGCUCAAUACAGAUGCACAAGGGUUCAACAAGAAGAUCAAUGCAGCUGCUUCAACCCUCCAGAAGCAACUCCCCGGACUCAAGAUUGCCAUUUUGGAUAUCUACACUCCUUUAUUGGAUGCCAUCAAUUCUCCUUCUAAAUACGGGUUUUCUGAAACAAGGAGGGGUUGCUGUGGGACGGGGACCGUGGAAACGACAUCAUUCUUGUGCAAUCCCAAGUCACCAGGGACAUGUAACAAUGCCACCCAAUACGUAUUCUGGGACAGCGUUCACCCAUCUCAAGCUGCAUAUCAGGUUAUUGCUGAUGCAGUCAUUAUCCAAGGCAUCUCCCUCAUCGGAUGAUCACUCACUUUACUACAGUCAAAAACAUAUCUACUCAAAUACCAUGGUUUAAUAGUUUUUAUAUUGGUAUCUCUUACUCUCUCUCUCUCUCUCUCUCUCUCCGAAAUAAGUUUGAAACAUCUGUGUACUGAUAAUAGAAUACUUGGGUUUUCAUCUA